CAAAAAUUCUUAUUUCGUUCGAUGUGGCCACAAUGGAAAAAGUUAUAAAAAACGCGUAUUUUGAGGCACUCUCGCAUUAUCCCUGAUCCCUGGUAUAACGUUCGGGUAAAUAUACGGGUUUGAUCAAGGAACAACAUAAUUUUAACCCAUUUUGGUGAAUAUUAAAUGUGGGAAUGUUUGUUUAACUUUCAAAAGUGUAUUUCGGGGUGAAAAUUAACAAAGAGAUGAAAUUCGGAAUUCUACUUUUCAUCUUUACCAUGCCUUAUUUACAUCUGCAUAUAAGUACAUAAAUGAAGCAAAUAUGAAGCGUAUAAAAUUCGAUCAAAAAGUUAUCACUUUUUGAUUGUGUACUAAUCCAGAUGUUGAAAUGGUAUCGUCGUUAGGUACCAAUGUAUUUAAAAUGUUCCAGAGAACACAAUUCAUGGGAACUAGGUUCAUAAAAAGGCACAUUUCAUCAGCUCCCACAACGCUCAAAGAUACAAAUUACAUCACAAAACAUUUUGAAGAAAUUUCUAUUCCAGUUCCCUGGGGUCAUCUUAAGGGAAAAUGGUAUGGAACCAAAAAUGUUAGGCCCAUACUUGGGUUACAUGGAUGGCAGGACAAUGCUGGUACAUAUGACACAUUGGCACCACUGUUACCUAAUCAUCUUGGAUUUCUUUCAAUUGAUUUACCCGGUCAUGGGCAUUCCUCUUGGUUGCCUAUUGGAAUUUCUUAUCACUCUAUUGAUUACGUAUCGUUAUUGUUGCGAGUAAUGGAUUAUUUUCAAUGGGACAAAGUCUCAAUGAUUUGUCAUUCUAUGAGUUCUAUAAAUGGAUUUAUAUUUAGCGCUCUUUUUCCUGAAAAGGUUGAUAUGAUGGUUGGAUUGGAUGGUCUAAAGCCACUUGCACGGACUAGUGAAAGAAUAAUAGAUAAUUAUAAAAGUUGUAUGAAUAGUAUAACUUUACAUGAAAACCGUAUGAACACUUCAGAGCCACCUUGUUAUGAUUGGGAUGAAUUGGUCGAGCGUUUAUAUAACGGUUCAAACAAAUCUGUUGAAAGGGAAGCAUGUAAAUUUUUGUUAGAGCGAGCAGUUCGACCAUCUAAAAAUAAUCCUCAAAAGUAUUUCUUUGCACGAGAUAGUAGAUUAAAAACGACGUAUUUUUACAGUUUUGAUGAAGAUAUACCAUUAAAAAUGGCACGCAAUAUAAAUUGUCCUUAUAUGUUCAUUAAAGCUUCACAAUCCCCCUACUUCGAGCCACGCCAACAUUUUGAAAAAACUUUGGACAUUAUGAAACAAAAUCCUCAUUUUGAGUUCUAUGAAGUGGAAGGAUCACAUCACGUUCAUUUAAAUGAUCCAAAUAAAAUUGCUCCAAUGAUAAAUUCCUUCAUCCAUAAAUGGCGUCCGUCUUAAAUAUAGAAAAAUUUCUGAACAAUAAUUCUUCUGUCUCUCCUAAAAUUAUACAUUAUAUGUAUGUAUGUAUAUAUGUACAUAUAAAUAUCACAAAUGUGAAUGUAAAUUUGUUGUUUACGUUUUCAGGUUGAUCCACUUAAUGGAUCAUUAUGAAACUAUGUAAAUUAGACAAAAGUUAUUUAAUGCGAGCAAAGCUGCACAUGAAGCUGGUUUAUGUUAAAACAAUGCUUUGAAGUAUUUCAGAGAAAAUACAUAAGUACAAAUGUACACAUGGGUAAAAAUAUUUUUUUUUUAUUAUUUUAAGGUAGUUUACUUUGUAAUCAAAAGAUAGAUCGCUUGAACUUAAUGUAUCUAUACAGAUAACUACUUGUCACGCGAAGAGUAACUAUUUAAAUAACCGAAAAAAAUAUGCUGCGUGAAAUCAGAGAACGUUGAUUGUUAUGAAAACGUUGAAAAAUUGCCCAUGUGAUAGAUAAGCCUAUGAUUAUAAUGUGAUAAAUCAAUAAAAUGGACAAAGAAUAAAAAAAGUUAAGCAAA